GUUUCUACGCCUCCAAGCACCACCAGCGCAUAAACAAAAUCAUCUACCUCCGGCGGCUCCUCACGACGAAUACCGCCAUAUUCAUUGCCGAAGCCCACUGCACCGCGGAGGCCUUCCGUUCGCUGCUCCCUGAUGUGGCGCGCGAGUGGUGGAUCACAGGCUCCGCCGG